GCCCAAUCUAAUAGAUGAUAGAAAAAUGGGAAUAAGCAGCAGAGGUCGGGCGAAUGGGACGCACGCCGCGAGGAGACAACUCAUCGAACGCAGGGCCUCUCCGCCGCUCGCAUCGCCGUAGGCCGCUUGUUGGCAAUCUUAAAAUCUGACCUUCGGCCCCUUCUUCACCUCUGCUUCUCUCGAUUCUCAUACCCUUCAUGUUUCUGCUUUGUUCAGAGUGUAGCAAAGUUCGAGUCUGUCACAGUGUUAAUAACUUUUCGUUCCUGGCUUCACACCUACAUUUGAUUUCUUGAGUGCUUGAGCCUUGAGACCAGCUGACCAGGGUUGCCCAGCCGGAAGACUCAAACAAUGGUAGCCAUUGCCCUCCACUCCCCUCAACUCAUUCGGUAAGGGCUUUGAAACAUCCCUCAGUCCACUCUCUUCUUGAAAUCUGCUGCAAAAGAUGCAAAUCCCGAGUCGCGGAAGUGAGGAAAAUUUUCGGAUUCGAAGAUUAGAAAUCUUAGACAAGAGCAAGGGGUUUAUCGAACUGUUACAGCAAUUAACCGUGUGUGAUGCAGUGUCAGAUGAAAAAUUCAAGGAAAGGUUUGAGGAAGUGGCGAAAUAUGGGGACGACCAUGUAAUAUGUGUGAUCGAAGAUGUCAUUUCUGGAAAGAUUGUUGCGACUGGGAGUGUGUUUGUGGAGAGGAAGUUCAUUAGGAACUGCGGAAAAGUCGGUCACAUUGAGGAUGUUGUAGUUGAUUCGGGUGCUCGUGGAUUGCAGCUUGGGAAGAGGGUUGUUGAGUUCCUGACGGAUCACUCCGCUUCAAUGGGGUGUUACAAGGUGAUUCUUGACUGCAGUGAGGAGAAUAAGCCAUUCUAUGAGAAAUGUGGGUUCAAGAAGAAGGAGGUUCAGAUGGUUAAGUACUUUGUCGCAUAAUUGAUCCAUUUGUGUGGCAAUGAGUGAUUUUUGUGGAGAAAUGCGCUCUAGCUGCACAAGAUUCGCCUUUGAAGUAGUAAUAAUUAAACAGUCUAGAAUUCUUCUAUAUUCAUUUUUAGUACUCCCUUGUCCCAGAAUGACUUGAAAGUUUACUUUUUGGUCAACCCAGUUUUAUUUACUUAUCUGGUUUUGAAUAUCAUUUGUGUGAUCAUAUUGGAAUCUGGUUUUUGAGGUUUAGUAAAACUUUUGGUUGUAGUUUUUAAGGAUGUUUUUACUUGGACUGUAAUUUGCUGGUCUGAACUGG